AUGCCCAGCUACUUAGGCCCCAGCAUCCCAGCUCUGUGCCACCUGUUCAUCCUGCUGGUCGUAAAUAGUCUGACACUAUUCGCUCUUUUUGUCUUGUUAGUGCGCAGUCUCUGGGCCAUAGGUGCCAACGUCACCACCAUCGAGUCCUGGGAGAUUGAGCGGCACAAGACGCUGCUUCGGCGAGCGAGGUACUUUGGCGGUUACUUGGAUGGACCCGAUGGGAUGAAAGUAAGAAUUCGGAAGCAAGAGUUUCCGUAUGAUGUUGGUAUUCUGAGCAAUGUCAAAGCUGGGAUGGGUGGGAGUUGGAAUUUUCUUAGCUGGUUCUGGCCCCUCGCAAGGACGCCAGAUAGGAAAUCUGGUCUUGAGUUUGAAGUCAAUGAAUUCGAGGAUCCAAAUCUAUCCUGGCCACCGCCAGAUCCAGACCGCAUUCCACGCAAAUCGCGACCAAUCUUAUCAUCAACCGAUCCAUUCACAAUUCCGCAUUUCGACUCUCCAGCCGAUGAAAUGGCUGCCUUUAGACAACGUCAACAGGAAGAUCUAGCUCGUAGAGCAGGAGUGGUCAAUGAUGAUAGUGCCGACGGCGGUAUCAGGCGGCGAAGGAAGUUUCACGAACGAUACAAGAACAACAACAAAUCGUCAAACACAGGCGCCGAGUCUGAGGCUGAAGUUGCCGAAGAAGAAGACUCAGAAGGCAACGAGAUCGAGGAUGAUGAGCAGCAUUUUAAUUCCGAAGUCAAUGAGCACAUUGAGGUUGAUGAAGGUGAGGAAGCGUGGCGAAAUGCAGAAGGGGAGAGACUAGACGAUUUCGGGGUCGAUGAGGAUGUGGAGUUUUACGAUGAGGAGGAUCUGCCGUUGUCUGUUCUGAGGGAGAGGAUUAAAGCUGGUUUGUAA